UUUUUUUAUAAACUUCGCCUGCCACAUAACGCCCAUUUCCGUAUCAUAUAAAUCUGUAAGACAACUUUCUAUUAACCAGAAAAACACCGACCCCUACCAGAUUCAAACAGGAACUUUUUCUUCAGAAACCAACAGGAUCCUGGAGCAAUGUCAGCUGCCGUGAAUGGUACUGAGUGCCUGUACCGGUUUAAAAUCGUCAUGAUAGGUGAAGGUUAUGUGGGCAAGUCAUGCAUGCUGUAUAGAUACUUAAAUGGCUUGUUUCCAGAGCAAAUAAAUGUAAACAUUGGAGCGAGCUGCUGCGAUCACAUCCUAGAGGUGGAGCCUGGCGUGAGAGUACAGCUACAGAUUUGGGAUAGGAAUGGGCAUAAAUCAUUUUGGAAUCGUCAGCUGAUCCAGAUUUACAUUGGUCAGUCAGCUGGAUGCCUGCUGGUGUUUGACCUGGGCAGUCGUGAGUCUUUUGAAGUCCUUAAACAUCGGUACACAGAGAUGUGUAAUGGAGCGAAUACACACACUAUGCUCUUUGUACUUGUGGGACACAAGUGUGAUAGAAAUGAGCAGGAAGUGAAUCAAGAGGAGGUGGAACAGUUCGCAGGUGAAUUGGGAGCACCAUACAUCGAGGCCUCGGCUGUCACGGGUCACAAUGUGGCAGAAGCGUUUGAGCUGUUGACUCGGCGCAUUUAUCAGGGUUAUCUGAGUGGAGAGGUGCGUUUACAUGAAAGCUGGGGCAAGAUCAAUGAUAAAAAACUAAACAAAGAUGAGUCAGCUGAAAACAGCAAAUGCUGUGUCUCAUAAAGUUAACAUGAGACUGCAUUUUUUCCAUUGGUGGCCAUUUAAAGGAGCCAUACAUUGUGACAAAAUAAAAACAAACCACUAUAAAUCACAAAUAUUUCAUUAUAUUAAAGUAGAUCUUGUGCCAGUGAAAUCUUUAUUUUAA